CGAAGUCUCAGCGCGAUGGCGGAAAGAGCCGAACAGCCGAGUGGGCGGCGGAAAGAGCCGAAGUCGGCGCUGCUAAGGGGGCGGAAAGGUAGCCGAGCGGUGCCGGAGUUUGCCGAGCGGAUACGGAAACGUGUCCCGUGCGGAUGCAGACAGGGAGCUGCUUGGGAGGAAAGUUGGGGGUCGGCGGAGGACGGAGAGAGGAUCCUGAAUACUGAACAGGUGCCGAGUGAUCCCGAACCCCCCCCCUUCCCUCCGCAGGGAAGAACUGCCGUCUGGAUGUCUCAGGCCGAUGAUGGAUGUUCUGGGCAGGAGCCGCUCUCUUCCUCCCCGGACAGCAGCUCCGAUGACUCUGAGCUCCUGGUGUCAGCGGAGACGUUUGCCCGGGGCUAUGACUGUGUCUCCAUCUCAUCCUACCCUGGAGAUAGAAUGAUGCAAGGAGAGGGGGACACAGCAUCACUGGUGUCUACAGCAACCCUGGUGCCUGAGUGUAUCUACCUUCCUCCUUCUGGGUACCAACUGAUGUCUGACCAAGAGGUUGCCCAGCAGAAUGCAGCUCUAAAAAGUACAGCUGAGCAUCUAGACAGGGUGACACAGGAGAAGGAGACCCUGCAGGAGGCGCUACGGUGCAGCUCUGAGGAUUGUGCUAACCAGGUGAAACAGCUGUUGGAUCAGAUAAAGAAUUCGGAAGACAUUUUGCAGAGCCUUCAGAGGAAUCUGACUGACACCCAGCAGAAGACUGCAAGGAAAAUGGCAGCUCUGACAGCCUCCUUCAGUCGCUUGUACCAGGAAGUGAAUUCUGUCAAUGACGAGAAUGAGAAGCUGAGAUCGCUAAGCUCAGAGGUGACCCCUGUUGGACAGGGUGUGCAACAGUCUUCUCAGCAGAGAACGGAGCAGCACAGGCAGGAGCGUCUAUGUAUAGAGAUUGUCAGUCUGCAGGAAGAGCUAAAAGCAGAGCAGGUGGCUAAGAAGGACCUGGAGGAGCAGAUGACGAGACUGCAGGAGACACAGACUGAGGAGAGGGAGAUUAUGGAAGCGACACUUUCCAGUAUGAGGACGGAGAUGGAUCGCCUCCAGCAGGACAGGAAACAGACAGAGCUGCAGUUGCAGGAGUCAGAGACUCAGGUCCAGAAGCUGUGGGAGUCUCUGGGUGAACAAGAGAAACUUCUUCAGAAUGAGAAAGAGGAGAAGGCUUCACUUGAGCAAGCGCUGAGCGAGGAGAGGGACAAGAUCAGCAGACUGCAGACUGAAGUGAACACCAGCCAGGAGGUGCAAAGGGACUUUGUCCGGCUAUCCCAGAAACUGCAGGUCAGCCUGGAGAAGAUCCGACAAGCCACUUCAAUAAAGGACGUGCAAGAAAUUUUAGAAGGCACCCGGCUUACAGACGUCAACCUGUCAAAUGACACCUGAUCAUCACAGCCCUAAAUGAUGUAUCCACUUGAUCUCUGGUGGCUUUAAUUUGGACGGUGCAGGACCUAUGAUUUUUGCCGAUCCCCUUUCUGCCUACCUUGUUAUUGUGCUUCUCAGCAAUGUCUUCCAACCCUCCAGUUUGAUUUCUGUUACCCUGAUAUACAGCACAGACUCCUGUACAGAGCUGAGCGCUAUCUCAGGUCAGCAGAAAUAACUCUUCCUGACAUAAAAAAAAAAAAAA